UAUACAUUUCUCCAUUGUCUCCGCGUCGUGUCUUCAUCCUUGCCCUCGCGUGGACAGAUUGUGACCGAGUUCUGUUCACCUGUGCGUCAUAUCGGCCCCUUUGAGUACCAACCUACUCCAUGACUGGGUCAUACAAAUCCUCGGAGAUUAGAGAAGAAUGACUGUUGAGUACUGCCGAUAAAUAUUCGGAAGUAUCAUAUAUAAACUUCCUGACACACUGGUUGAUACAGUUUUGUUUUAAUUGUGAAUCAGAGAAAGACGAUUGUGACAUUAAUGCGUUCGGAAAACUCGGGAUUGGCUUGCAUGGUUUCGAAAGAACGUACAUUCGCGGACAUCUAUAUUUCUGGUUGCGCCCAUUACACUCCUAGUGAAUCCCAGUUUGAACCACACGCAAGAGACACAAAUCAUAUGGAUGUGUUUGUGAUGCGACUGUGAUUCGGAAUGUCUGUGAACGAUAAAGACACCCAGGAUGGUCCAGCAGAACAGGUUGCAAACAGAACUGAAGACGGCAAAAGGGGGCCGGUAAAAGUGAUAAUGCUCGGGGAGUCUUCAGUUGGGAAGACAUGUUUGGUGAAGAGACUGUUGACCAGGUCCUUUGUGGAUAAUACGGAUGUGACCUACGGGGCGGCGUACGCUCCUUACACCUUCAGAGUUGGGGAAGAAGACGUCAAGAUGGGAAUAUGGGAUACGGCUGGUUCGGAGCGUUUCCGUUCCUUCAUCAGUACCUACUUCCGCCAGGCCAAGGCAGCCGUCGUCUGUUACAGUCUAGAUGACCUCGCCACAUUUGAGAAAGUCAGGUAUUGGAUAGAGAUUGUCAGACAACAUGAAGAGUCCUGUGCCAUGUAUAUAUGUGGCACCAAGGCAGAUCUGGUAACGACAAGGAAUCCAGCAGUCGUCACCUCUGAGAUGGUAGAGUCCAUAGCUCUUGAAUUGACGGCAGCUGGGAUUUAUGAAACAUCUAGUAAGACUGGUAAAAACGUAGAGUUAUUGUUCCAGAUGAUAGGAGAGGACUUCAUAAAGAGGGCUAAACAGACCGACUAUGUUAAAGACGAGACAGAAAGCAUCCAGUUGACAGAAAAUGGUGCAGCACCAACUCCUGAUGAGAAAACGGAGGUUAAACAGAAAUGCUGCUGAGGACGAGCAUCUACCAGGACUCGUGGCACAGUGUAUAACUCGAGUCUAAUAUGGUAGUUCGUUUGAUGAAACUUAUAUUGUACUCUGAGAGAAAGCAAGCUGAAUUAGGAUGCCUCUCUUGAGAUGAGGAGAACCAAGACAAUAACUAUGAGGAAUCAUCACACUUGUUCAUGACACAAAUCCCAAUUCAUUCUCUUUCUUUCCUAUUAAGUCUUCAUCUAGUAUAACAUCAGGAUCCUUCUGCCUUUAGUGUAGGUUUAUCACGCUGUGCCCUUGAAGAUAGGCCACAUAUUGCCACAGUAUUACCUAAAGUCACCUACUGGAUGUGACAGAGGUAACUCAUAUACCAGGAGAAUGACAUCUUCCUGGAACAACAUUGGGACCUGUGAUGAUCUCAGUGCGACCUUGAAGACCAUGGCAGCAACUCAGACAGGGUGCCUGGGACUAAGUAAGAUACACAGGACAUCAAGAGCCUUUUGCCUAUGGAAAGCAACUGUCUCACUCUGCUCUUGAAGACAGGCCAACGUACCAUACCUCAUUGUUACCUCCUGUACCUGAGGUACAUGGGACAGCAUCAGGACCCUUCUGUCUUUGGUAGAGCUUCUAUCUCACUGCUCUUGAAGACAGGCCAAAGUAUCUUACUAAGCAACUCAAGCAGCUCAUGUAAUCAAGGCACCUCAGGUACCUGGGACAGCAUCAGGACCCUUCUGUCUUUGGUAGAGCUUCUAUCUCACUGUGCUCUUGAAGACAGGCCAAAGUAUCUUACUAAGCAAAUCAAGCAGCCGACUUGAAGUAACUCAUGUAAUCAAGGUACCUCAGGUUCCUGGGAUAGCAACAGGACAGUUGACCAACUGCCUCACUGAGCUCUUGAAGACCAGCCCAAGCACUAUAUCACAACUAUCAGGCUCAAUUAGAGAUGGCUAUGUAGAAAGGAAAACAACUGAGAUCUAAAAUUGUAAUAGAUUUAUUGUAAAACUUUAACAAAUUGAACAGUUAA